GGCAGACGGAGAAAAAGAGAGAAGGAGGAGACGAAGCACCACUACCACCACCACCACCAUCAUGCCCUGGGAAAGCCUGGUGCUGCUCUCAGUCCUGAACAUACUCCUUGGGCCCCUGGGAGCAAAAGACGUCCAGGUCCUACACGACGUCCAGUGCUGUAUGCAGUACUCCAAGGGCAGUGUCCGCCUCAAAGACGUUCUGUACUUCGAAAUGCAAGUGGAUGGACCUGACUGCAGCAUCCCGGCGCUCAUACUGUACACCAAGCAAGGGGUAAAAUGUGCCAACCCUCGGCACAGCCGCACCAGGAGGCUGUACAGGAGGCUCUUUAGGCAGCUGCAGAAGGAGGUCAGCGGGCAUCUGUGAGCAAAAAGUGCCAGACACAAGACGCAGAGAGAAGGGCGGCCAGGAAGAGACAGUCAAAGACAUCAAAGACAUGGGAUUCUUCUUCUUCUUUUGGGGACGUAACUCUGAAUAUCGAAUAGAAACAUUUAUGUUUUAGUUUGGUAACAUGUUUUAGAUUAAGGACUACUUAUAAUGCUUCUGUUAGUCACACUCUCUUAUGUAACAAAGGGGUCUUUUGGUCUUAAUAACUCUU